UUAUAAAUGACUUUCAGUGCUUAGGUAAAUUAACAUGUCUCUAGCUACUUGUAGAGCUUCUCUGUUGUAUAUCAACAUAUGAAGCCUAUGUUUGUUUGACCUUGAUCCAGAACUUGAUAUUUAGCUUAAAGAAGCAUUCUUUUCAAUUUUUUCUUACAUCUAAACUUUAGAUAACAUGGGGCUCCACCUAUAUAUGAACAUAAUUACAAAAUAUUAAUUUUUAACUUAGAUGUCAAGAAAAACAACCUAGUACUUUGCACCGGCUCACUGAAAUUGCUUUUCAAAGAUUUCCACCCAUUUCUGACUAUACCUUCAUCUGUAUUUCAGUUGGUGGUGGACGACCAGCUUUGCAAAGGGUCAGUUAACCAAGAUUUGCCAAUGGUGACCUCCCAUUAGACUCAAGUGAAGAUGGGAUACUGCUACUUCUCAGCUGCAGCUACUUACUACGACCCUGAGCUCUCGGAUGCCCGCAUCUCGUGGGCCAAGCACAGCCUUCUCACCUCUCUCAUUGAUGACUUCUAUGACAUCUUUGGGACCGCAGAGGAGCACCUUAACCUCCUGGAGCUCUUUGAGAGGUGGGAUGUGAAUGGCCCCAGGGCAGAGUUUUGUACAGAGGAAGUGAAAACGUUCUACUGGGCACUUCACAGUGCUAUUUGUGAGACAGUGGAGAAUGCAUUUGCCUAGCAGGGGCGUAAUGUCAUGGACCACGUUGUUGAACUUGUAAGUGGUCUCAUCUAUUCUACCUUGUUGCCUAAUCUAUUUACUGACAUACAGCUCUUGAAUUGUACGUAGUUCUAAUCCAAUGUUCUCUAUUUAGUGGGUGGGUGUGUUGAGAACAAUGCCGGAAGAAGCAGAAUGGUCAAGAACCAACACAUUGCCAACACUCGACGAAUACAUGAGAAAUGGAUAC